GGCUGGCAACGCGUGCCCGAGAAGGUUCAAUGGCGUGGCAGGGGCUGGCGGCCGAGUUCCUGCAGGUGCCGGCGGUGACGCGGGCCUACACCGCAGCCUGCGUCCUCACCACUGCCGCCGUGCAGCUGGAGCUCCUCAGCCCCUUCCAGCUUUACUUCAACCCGCACCUCGUGUUCCGGAGGUUCCAGGUCUGGAGGCUCAUCACCAGCUUCCUCUUCUUCGGGCCCCUGGGAUUCAGCUUCUUCUUCAACAUGCUCUUCGUGUUCCGCUACUGCCGCAUGCUGGAGGAGGGUUCCUUCCGCGGCCGCACCGCGGACUUCGUCUUCAUGUUCCUCUUCGGGGGCGUCCUUAUGACUCUGCUGGGACUCCUAGGCAGCCUGUUCUUCCUGGGCCAGGCCCUCACUGCCAUGUUGGUGUAUGUGUGGAGCCGCCGCAGCCCUCGGGUGAGGGUCAACUUCUUCGGCCUCCUCACUUUCCAGGCUCCAUUUCUGCCCUGGGCACUCAUGGGCUUCUCGCUGCUGCUGGGCAACUCGAUCCUGGUGGACCUGCUGGGAAUUGCCGUGGGCCACAUCUACUACUUCCUGGAGGAUGUCUUCCCCAGCCAGCCUAGCGGCAAAAGGCUGCUGCUGACCCCUGGCUUCCUGUGAGUGCUGCAAGUGACGACCCUUUCCCUCCCCUCCCUGCUGGCUCCCCACCCAUGGGGGACCUGUGCUGGCCUCAGCUCAGCACAGGCCUCCCUCCACAGGAAACUGCUCCUGGAUGCCCCUGAGGAGGACCCCAAUUACCUGCCCCUCCCUGAGGGGCAGCCAGAACCCCAUCUGCUGCCCCCACGUCACUGACCCCACUCUAGAGACUUCUGGAAGGCCUCCAUCUUACCCCUAACCUCUGCUUGCAGCAGAGUAACCUGUCUUAGGGGUGCACCCAAAUAAACAGAAUGACCUGCA